AUGAAAGUAAAAAGAAAUAUAGAUGUUUUCUUUAUUCUUUAAAAAUUGUAAAUAUUUUGUGAAAAGAAAUUCAAACAUGAGAGAAAUGUAUUAGAAAUUUAAUAAAUAACUCAUUUUCACUUACAACCUAAAAAUAAAUGUCUUAGAUCUCAAUAUUGCCACAUCUAUUAUAUUCUUUAUUUAAGUUUAGUAAAAUGAUUUUAAACAGAUAAUAAAGAUUGUUAAUUCAUAGAAUUGAUCGAAAAAAUUUUAAAUUAAUAAGUUACAAAUGAGGCAAUUAAAACCAUCUUCAAAGAGUUGAAAAUAAAACCUUUUUUUUUUCUUAAAAUGUAAAUAAAAAUUUACAAAAGUAUGAACAAAUUCUUAGAUUAAAUAUAAAUGAGGAAGAGUAAAACUAUCAAUUAUUCUUAAUCCUGUCUUCCAAAUAAUCAAAUUAAAAUAAUUAAUGUUUCAGAUUUGGUAACAGGAAUUAUUUUGAUGGUUAAUGGGUAAAUAGGUACUAAUAAUAUUGUAAAAGAUGAAAGAUUAUGCACCUUUCCUUUUAAAUUUUUAUGA